UGUGUUUGUGUGUGCAGUAUCAUCGGGGCGGUGCGGACCAGUUCCUACAUGGUUCACAUCCUGAGUCUCCAGGGCUUCAGACGCUCCAUCUGUGAUCAGAGCUUCUACUACGGACCGGUCAGCAAGUUCUGGGCGUACGCCUUCGUGCUGAGCAAGGCCCCGGAGCUGGGCGACACGGCCUUCGUGGUGCUGAGGAAGCAGAAGCUGCUGUUCCUGCACUGGUACCAUCACAUCACCGUGCUGCUCUACUCCUGGUACUCCUACAAGGACAUGGUGGCGGGCGGUGGCUGGUUCAUGACCAUGAACUUCACCGUGCACGCUCUCAUGUACAGCUACUACUCUGCUCGCGCCGCAGGGCUAAAGGUCCCUCGACCGCUCGCUGUGAUCAUCACCAGCGCUCAGAUCGGACAGAUGGCGAUGGGCCUGCUGGUCAGCGCGCUGGUUUAUAAAUGGAUGAACAGCGCAGACUGCCCCACGCGCAUCGAUAACAUCGGCUGCGCCGCCGUCAUGUACGGGAGCUACCUGAUGCUGUUCAGCAACUUCUUCUACAAUACAUACCUGCGCCGGUGCCAAGACGCUCACCUGAAGAAAGAGUAGAGGAGAGGGGCAUUGUGGGGGAUCUGACGCCGCUAUGAACUCUAAUGAUUCGGUGUUUCUACUUCAAGGUGGAAACGGCCUCUAGUUUGUUUACCAAGGUUUGUUCUGAUGCUACGGACUCAUCGGAUUCAAGAUGGAAACGGCCUCUAGUUUGUUUAUGAAGUCAAGAUCUUAAAACCUUCCGCUCGUUAAAUGAGGUUUGUUCUGAUGCUACGAACUCUCAUCUGACUCGGACUGUCCUGUGUCCUGUCCUGUGUCCUGUCCUGUGUCCUGUGUCCUCUCCUUUCUUUAAACCUCCUGCUCGUUAAGAACUGAGUUUCUCUUCAGGAUGGUCUCUGCCUUCACUUUCUAACCCGGGUCCAGAUCUCUAACCUCCUACAGAUUCAUGACGACGUGUUUCUGCUGCAGGAAGUCUGAGAAACAUCUGAAAUCUGAUCGGAGAUAUUUGAACAAAUGAGCUUUCAGUCGGACAGAAGCAGACAGGCAUUCUGAAUUUCCUCUUUUUAUAUUUCUUGUUUUUCAUUUUCCUGUUUUGUUCUGUUCUCAGAAGUCCAGGACUUUUCUUCUGUUUCUGUUCCUGCUGCAAGAAAAUGCCUAACGGUCCUUAUUCAGAGCACAACGUGAGGACUUUCAGCUAAAAAAGAUCUGUAAAUCAACCACUUGUUCAUAAAACAAACAACUUUAAAAUAGCUCCAAUAAUAAUCAGUUUUCUGAGCGACUCUCCAGGGAAUCGGAUCAUUGGGGGUUUAAGAAGUGAAAGACCUGUAAAACAAAGAGUCCGUUUUAUAAUGAAAUAGUUUUAUAAAUGUCUUCAUCAGAACAGAAGUAAUAUCCAGUAUCGAUCGACCGCCACUGAUUUUAUUUCAUAUAGAAAGGUUCAUUUUAAACAAACUUUCAUAACAUUUUAGCCUAAAAACAAUUAAUAAUCAUGACCGAGAAAUACCUGUUUUUAAAAAGCCGGAACAAUUAAAUAUUUUAUAAUGGAUUAAUCGUAAAGGUCAUAUUUCAAUCAUAAAUGUCAGAAAAUGCUCCCAAAUGUGAUCUUUUGAAGUUACGAGAAAUUCAGAUUCAAGUUUUAAAUUUCACAGAAAAAAUACAGAAUAUUCUCGGAUUAUUUGCAAGAAACAAUAAUUGCACAUUGAAAUAAAAAAAAAAAUCAUUAUACAGAAAAAAAAACUCUUUUUGGGGAAAAUGUAAAACUUUAACCUUGAAAUUCCGUUUUUCCCCCGACAUUAUGACCCCUCCCCCACGGCU